CUGUAACCCUCGGAUUGGUCAGAUUCGAGGUGGUACAUUCCGGUAUCCCGGCUCUGGGAUCUGCAAGCGGAGUGAUCCAUUAAGGAUAGAAGGGGGUUUGGGCCUAAGCUGGGGCUGUAGGGCCUUGCUGGAUCUGUGCUUUCCUUGUCUUGUUGUACUGGACAGGGUGCUAGAACGAGAGGCCGUAGUAGCGGAGGAUGUGGCCGUAGGCGCCGAGAAGACCUCAGGAGGAAAGAAAGACGAUCUGAACACAGAGACAUGGACAGUCAGUGUACUGUUCAGGUGAAGCUGGAGCUGGGACAUCGCGCCCAGCUGAGGAAGAAGCCCACUACUGACGGAUUCACUCACGACUGGAUGGUGUUUGUUCGUGGUCCAGAGCAGUGUGACAUACAACAUUUUGUAGAGAAAGUUGUGUUCAGGUUGCAUGACAGCUUCCCUAGACCUAAGCGUGUAUGCAAGGAACCCCCAUACAAAGUUGAAGAAACUGGAUACGCUGGCUUCAUAUUACCUAUAGAAGUCUACUUCAAAAAUAAGGAAGAACCUAAGAAAGUUUGUUUCACAUACGACUUAUUUCUGAACCUGGAGGGGAAUCCGCCAGUAAACCAUUUACGCUGUGAGAAGUUGACCUUCAAUAAUCCAACCAAGGAGUUCCGCAGGAAAUUGCUCAAAGCAGGAGGGGUGAUGGUCAUGCCAGAGGGAGCAGAGACUGUAUCACGACCAAGCCCCGACUACCCCAUGUUACCCACAAUCCCCCUAUCUGCUUUCUCGGACCCUAAAAAGGCUAAACAGUCAUCACAUGGGUCAAAGGAUGGCAACAAGGACAGCAGCAAAACCUCAAAACCACACAAAGUGACAAAGGAACAUAGAGAACGGUUAAGGAAAGAUUCGGAAAGCAAAAGCAAAGAAAGUGAAGUAAACAAGCAAGUUAAGGAGCCUGCUUCCUCAAGAAAACCAGUAGAGAACAAACCACCCAAGGAAGAGAAGGCACCUAUUAAAGUAGCUUUCAAGGAGCAAAAAUUGGCCCUCAAAGAGCCCAAAGUGGAGAAUAUGUCUCCGAAAGGGGGUCCAUCUGACACCAAACCUUCCAGCAAGAGGCCCCCACACACAGACUCACCCAAAUCUAGCAGCAAAAAGCCGAAAAAGGGCAGCUCCAAAGGACUUGUAGUUUCUGGAACUUCCCCUCGUGGUCCUCCUAAUACUACUACAAAUACCACUAUCACUACCACCACCUCUUAUACAGACAAAAAACCAGUGAAAGAAAAACCGGGAAAUAAAGUAGAUAGACCUAAACCAGAUACUGAUGUAAAAAAAGCAGUGGAGGCCGAGGAUUCGAAUUCUGACGAUGAGGCAUCUUCAAAAUCAGAGUCGGUUCCGUCAAGUCCAUCUAACAGCAGCUCCAGUUCAGAGUCCAGCUCUGAGUCAGACUUUGAGCCUUCACAAAACCACAGCCAAGGUCCUUUGCGGUCCAUGGUGGAAGAUCUCCAGUCAGAAGAAUCAGAUGAUGACAGCUCUUGUGGAGAUGAGGCAGCACUGAAGAAUAAGACGGCAGGUCGGGAGUCUAGGAUGAGCCUGAGUGACAGCGACAGUGAUAGUAGUGAUGACUCAUGCGCUCCCAGCCGUGGCACCACCCCUAUACAGAAGAUGCCUCCAGCUAAUAACAAGAAUACUGGGCGGCGAAGUCCUGAAACGUGCAGCAAGUCAGAGAAGCUGCUGAAGAAAGUAGUGUAUGACAAGGCAUACACCGAUGAGCUGGUUGAUCUACACAGAAGACUUAUGGCUCUACGAGAGAGAAAUGUCCUGCAGCAGAUUGUCAACCUCAUAGAAGAAACAGGACACUUCAAUGUCACCAACACAACUUUUGACUUUGACCUCUUCUCAUUGGAUGAGACAACUGUCCGUAAACUGCAGAGUUACCUGGAAUCUGGAGCUACAUGACCCCCAUGUAGACUGGGAACUAAGGAGACAGCGUGUUGUAGGGCAGUUAACACCUUCAUUCCUUAAACUUUUCCUGGUCCGUGCAACCACCUUUGGGAUUGACCAGUGCUCCCAGCAAAUAGGAUGUUUCAAACUGAGCCAUCUAGGCUAAUCCUACAUGGGGGAUAUCACUCCAGCAUACAAGAUUUUAUCGUGUGACUUUUUUAUUUUUACCCUCUUAGAGCAUAAGGUUUAGCAGGGAUUUUAGAUCAUGUUUUUUUCUUUCAAAAUACAGAUAAUAAUUCACACUGCAGAUGAUGCAGUUUUUAGUGAUAGAAGUCUGUGGGCUAGAUGAAUAUAAGCAUGAAUUAGAAGUAUAUGAACAAUCCUUAGACAGUGCAGACAUCUGGACAGACAGUAAUAUAUAUUUACAUACAUACACAACCUGUUUUGAUAACGUUAACUUUCAUUAGAACUGUAUCUAUACAGUAAUAUUUUUUUAUUUCUGUAUUUUGAGAUUAAGUGUGUGAAAACGUCUGCUCUAACCCCACAGGAUUUUCUCCAAAAAUCAUGAAACCAUACAGUAGAGGUAUGAGGUAGGAGUGAUUCCGAUACCUCAGUGUAAUAACAAUCUGUAGUAGAUCCCCCUUCUCUCUUUCUCUCUCUCUCUCUCUAUGUUAGGCAGAGAGUUUCUAGUAUUUAUGAUGAGCAAGGAGAGCACUGGCUUCACUCUGCUUCAGAAGCAUUACGGAACAUUGAAUCUGUAAGCUGUAUAUUAUAUAUAUAUAUUAUAUAUAUGUAUGUAUGUAUUUUAUGUAUAAGAUGGCCUGGAGAGGCAGACUAUUACUCCCUUUUUUUUUUUUUUUUUUUUCUUUUUUUUUGACGGGUAAGGAUGGAACAAGGAUUUGCUUUGAAUCAUCUUGUAAUUUUACAAUUCUUAUUUUAUUGAACAAGAGAUUCAAAAUGUACCAGUUAAGGAGACCGUGGCGGUUGUAUGUUUUUAAUAAUAAUGUCAUUUGUAAACAUCAUUACAUUCUGAUAUUGGAAGGGCUUUUACGUGCUUCUAACUGUAUUGGCUUUCUGAAUAGCAGAAGGGUGUACAGGUACAAGUGUUUAUGGAAGGAAGAGGAGUAUUUAUAUAGGACACUGCUGACUGUAUAGGUUCCAGCAGGAAACCUCCAGAAUUCACAGCUUCAAGGGUUAUUUUGUGCUAUCUUCAAAUAGGCGCAAAAGUAAACUGGACUGCCAAUCCUAACUACUCAAACACUUGUCAACACUACAGCCUGCUUCACUCUAAGAGAAAAGUGCGGAUCACGGUGUUGACUAUGGAUGGACACCAUCUUUAUUCAGGAAUACUUCUUCCUACUGCAGUGAGCAUUCUGAAUUCGGACAGAAAAUGUUUUGCUGGUAGGAGAUAAUUAUAGGUUUUAUUAAACAGCCUGUCCCUGAAAUGUAAAACACUAAUGCUUAUUUUAUUUUUUUAUACUUUUUUUGUUACACUCCUUUUUCAUACGGUACCCAUUCUUGACCAGCGUUGGGUCCCUUUUUAGGACCAAAAGUAGAAAUGUAUGUAUUUAAGCGAUCAACCCCACUUUUUUUGGUCAAUUUUUUUUUUUUUUUUUUUUUUUAAUCUGCUUCUGCAAAUCAUAUUUGUCAUUAAUGACUAUUAUGGACACAUUUUAGCUAUUUCCCCAUAUCAUAUUUGUUGAACAGGACUUACACUCCUUUUUAAAAUGGCAACACUACAACAGCUUCAUUUUUUUUUUUUUUUUCUCAAGGACUCCUCCCCUACCCCCCCAGGAGGAUAGUACUGCACUCGUAUACUGUACUUGUAAGGACAGAUGCUUAGAGUUUGGGUCUUCCACACAGUAUUUGAUUCCCUCCAUUUGAUAUCAGUAUUUGUUGUUGAUUGCAAAAUGAUUUCACUUUCCCAUUGGGAGUUGGGAGCUUGGAAUAAGGGAUGUAUUUCUUCCUCGAGAAAGGUUGCCUUAAAGGUAUUAUUUUAACACCGUUAAAUGAUCAAGGGAUUGGGAAACAAAAUCAAUGUUAAUAGGACAACUUUGUGUCAACCACUUUCAUGCCAGAAUGGGUAUGUAUUUCUACAGCUAUCAGUUGCAGACUUAAUGGUAUUGGGCUCAUGUGAUGCACAUUUAGCAAUUCUUAUUGGUUGGCGAGUUAUGAACAUACAUUUUUAAAUGAGACUGAGACCUCUAUAAUCAAACUGUUUUAUUGUCCAAGAAGUAUUUAUUAAUGUAUCGAGCAAAGUGAAUCUGGUUUUGAACCAAGCCUGAUGGUUGGAAACUGUAUUGCUAAAGAUGCAUAGAUAUUUGGUCUUGUAUUAUUUUUAUUUUAAUAUUGGGAAUCUUGCAAGAGUUUUUAUAGGAAAAAAUGAAAUAAAGAUCAAGAAAAUCUU